CUGCCGACUUGUCAAUAUACUUAUCUGCCGUGUAAACAAUUUUCGAGUGAUACAUACGAUUUUUUUAACUCCACUGCUAGACUAAUUAAUUAAAUCCCUUAUGAAUUGUGUUGAUAUUAUGUAAACUCAUAUUCAGGAAAUUAUUUAUCUCCUGUCGUGUACGUGUACAGUUUCCGUUGUAGAUGAGGUAGGUGUGCUAUCUUUGUCUAUCGGCCAUACAGACUGCAUCACCGAUGGAGGAUCCAUUAGAUCCAACGGCAUUUGGUGACAUCAAGAGGCCCGAUCAAGUCGUCUCAAUGUCUACCUCAGACAAUUUGAAAUUCGGUGUGCUCAUCGGGCUGGUUGAGGUGGGCCAGGUUACCAACAAGGAAGUAGUGAACACCGUUCUACACUUGGAUGAAUUUAUUAUGCUGAAAAUAUUGGUACAAAAGACGGUCAGAGAUAAGUGUUGUGCUAAAUAAUGAUAUCAAGAACAUGAAAAAAUACACUCACAUUGAAAUAACACAUUCCAUAAUUUAUAAGUAAUGCAUUCCAUUGAAAAUUUUGAAAGGUGACUUGGUCGAUAAUAUUUCUAAGUUAAUCUUCUUUUGAUAA